AUGAAGCUGGAGGAAAAUGGAGUAGUGGAUGAGAAAGAGGAGAAUCCGAAUGCAGUUUCGAAUUUCCGCAUCUCAAAGCCGCUGAGGGAUGCUCUUAAGGCGAAGCGAAUUGAAUCUCUGUUUCCGAUUCAGGCCAUGACAUUUGAUUUGAUACUUGAUGGUUCUGAUUUGGUUGGAAGGGCACGCACUGGUCAGGGUAAAACACUGGCUUUUGUGUUACCCAUAUUGGAAUCAUUAAUAAAUGGGCCCGCUAAUGCAUCACGGAGGACCGGAUAUGGGAGGCCACCUAGUGUUCUUGUGCUUUUACCCACUAGGGAACUGGCCAUUCAGGUAUCAUAUGAUUUUAGGGUGGAGUUGUCGCAUUUCUACUCAUCUCUUCACUAUUUUUAA